GCCCGAUUUUUCAAUCCUCAGAUAGCGAAUUUUAUCUGUCGAAUAACGUUUAUUCGAUGAAUAACAAGAUUUUCAAUUUUUCGAUUGUCAGAUAGAUGUUAUCCGUCGAAUAUAGGCGGUAACUGGAGAAUAAAGUUAUCUGCUGCUUCAAGGGAUGGUUAAGAUUUAUCUGUGGAUUUAUCUAGCUGUCAUCUAUGAAAUUUUGAGGUUUAUUUAUAGUUUAAUAAAAUAGAUUGUAUUACCUCACGCACAUUAUAAUGGAUGUUUUUGAGCAAAUCGACGACGCAGCGAUUGAAGAGGAAAGGCAGGCACUGAACUAUAUUAACCCUGAUCAGAGAAAGGACAGAGUUGUAAAAGGGAGACCUGACAAUUUUAAUACAUGGGAUGAUAGGGAGUUUUGGAGAAGAUUUCGCCUGAAAAAACAAACUGUAGAGCUAUUACUUUCAUUAAUUCAGGACAAAAUUGAACACAAUACAGAAAGGAAUCAGUGUGUUCCACCAAUGCAUCAACUAUUACUUGCAUUACGCUUUUAUGCAACUGGAACUUUUUAUGUAACAAUUGGGGAUUUUGGCGGACUGCAUAAUUCUACAAUAUGUAAAAUUGUAAAAAGAGUGACCAAAGCUAUUGCUACUUUGCGCCCAAAUUUUGUAAAAUUACCAGAAAAUAGGGAGGAAAUCAUUGCCAUACAAGAGCGCUUUCACAAUAUAGCACGAUUCCCAAGAGUUAUUGCAGCCAUAGAUUGCACUCAUAUUAAAAUAAUGUCACCAGGAGGUGAUACUGCAGAAAACUAUAGGAAUCGCAAAGGAUUUUUCUCUUUAAAUGUACAGGCCAUGUGUACAGCAAACUUGCAAUUUGUGGACAUUGUGGCUAGGUGGCCGGGGUCAAGUCACGACAGUUUAAUAUUCAAUAAUUCAGCUGCCAAAUAUAGGUGUGAUAGGGGUGACUUUGGUAAUGGAAUUGUGCUUGGUGACAGUGGAUAUUUCUUAAAUAAUUACUUGUUGACACCACUAAGCAAUCCACGUACCCAAGUUGAACAAUUGUAUAAUGAGUCUCAUAUCCGGAGUAGAAAUGUGAUAGAAAGGUGUUUUGGUGUAUGGAAAAGGAGAUUCCCUGUUCUAAGUAUUGGACUUAGGUGUAAAAUACCUCUAGCUCAAGAUGUGAUUGUAGCUGCAGCCAUACUACAUAAUUUGGCAUGCAGUCAAAGUGAGGGUGAGCCACCUAGUGACCCCGAGGUAUUGAUACCACAACAGCCAGAAUUUCCACCAGUAUAUGCCGACAAUGAGGGAAUAAACAGUACCUCUAGCACACGGGAUGGCAUAAUUAACUAUUUUGAAUCACUAAUAACACAAUAAUGUGAAGAAAUCCUGGCUGCUUAUUGAUUGCUGUAUAAAUUCUGUUUUAAUUUGGAGUAAUAAAUAAAAAUACCUAUUGAUUA